CGCGAAUCCGACCCGACGAGGGGCAAUGGUGAUGCCUCGGACGGCGGUGACGUAAGACGGCCGCGGCGUCUGUCGCCUACGACAGAUGUCGGACACGUCGACGUUGCGUCGAUGACCGUGUAGCAGUCCGCCCAAGAUGCUGAACAUGGACACUAUGCGGAUCGGCUCGACAGUCGAGCUUUCCGUCGAGCCGACGCCCGUCGAGCCGACGCCCGUCACGCCGCCCGUCGAUGCGGAGCCGCCACUCCGGCUGGAGCGGUCGCCGGUGGUGCAAGUCGAGCCCGCCAAGCCCUUGGUCCACAAGAAGGGCGCGCUGCGCUCUUUCUUCUGGGGCACCGGCAGCGUCGGCAAGGAGCAUCCGCCCAGGCACAAACGCAAGAAGGAACUGAUCCAGGAACUGGCCGACCUGCAGCGCGAGAACGAGAGGCUGCAGUCGGAAUGCAAUCACAUGAGGCUCAUCUACUCGGAGCUGAAGCAGGAGCGCCUGAUCGAUCUGGAAAAGGUGUCCAGGGCCAAGGCUCAAGAGCGUAAGCUGCGCAGCGAGACGGAGUUCAUGUCAUCAGCUUCUCAGACAGACCCUUGCAACAACCUGUUCGGAGAAUUUAAGGCCGUGCCGAGAAAAAACUACGCUUUCAUCUACAACGUGUUCACGGUCCCGACUCCGGAGCAGCUCAAAAGGUCGCUGGACAAGUUUCAGAAAUCCAGUCCUAAGAUCGGCUUCAAGGUUAGCUCCAAAAGCGAAGUGAAGAACAAGAGCGACCAGAACGAUGCUCGAGAUGACGAGGUUAAGCCCGAAGUCCACACCGAUAAUAAGGACGGCGUAGCGGAGAAGACUCCUCAAGAAGUCGUCGAGAUGGUGACAGAAGAGCCUGCCAAAAAUAACGACGAACCAAAAGCCGGCGCUCAGAUCGAGAGCCCGGUCGACGAGGAGAGUGGUGGCGUUUUUGUGCGAACCGAUCCACCCGACGUCAGGUCGUCGGAUUCCGCCUCCGUACACGAGCCAAGUGCAAAACAAAAAUUGUCUAUGAAGUUUUCGUCUUACGAAACUGACAGGUCCGGCGACUUCGCAGUCGCGGAAGGUGGUGGAGGCGGCCUUGUGUUGCCCGCGCAGACCGAAAGCCCUCUCGAAGCGUCUCUAGUAGAACUGAAAGAGCCCGAACUUCCUGCAGUAGAACUGAAAGAACUGCAAUCUAGGCCUUCAAAUACCACAGUGAAGACAAACGCAGACGACGUUCCGACUGUGCCCCCUUCCCAGGGUUGGCCCCAAGAAGAGUCGCCCGCGGCAGACGACAAGAAUACUACCGCGCUGGAUGAAGCCGUGCUGCUGAGCUACUGUUCCAGUGCGAGUAAGGCCAGUGUUCGCGAAGAUGUAUCGGGCGCUGGAUCCCCGCGCGAGGAGGCACCGGCCGUAAGCUUAUCACCAUCGGAGAAUAAGAUGUCCGAAAAGUCUUCCGAGAGCUCGCUGCUUCUAAAGCUCAGGCAAGCCGUUUCAAACAUGGCCGCUAGUUUGGAACCGGACACGAGCUUCCCACAACCCUCCUCCGAUAAGCACGACGCGGCGAAGAGCGUACGAGAAGCGCCGACCGGGGUGGAGGUCAACGUCGAAACUGUCCCCCACGCGGGACAGCGCUACGGCCCGGGCAUGGAACCCAUGACGAGCCGACAAUUCCUGCCCCCGAACCACGCCGAAGCUGGAGUCCAGAGGGACCCCGGCCGCAAGGAGUUCGAGAAGAGAAGGCGAGUUUCGUGCGGCGCGCUUAAACCUCCCCUGCAAAAGGCUGUCGUGAUGAACGUGACCCUGUGUCGCCACAUUGAGAGUCCCGCUAAACCGGCGUCCGGCGGUUCAUCCAGACGGGGCACCUCGACGCCCGCAAGCGCGGCUAGCACGCCGAGACCUUGGAGUGCGAGCACGCCCAGACACACAGUAGCGGGAGCGCAGCAGUCGGCCUCUACACCUAUUCGUCAGCUUGUCACUGCGUCACCACAGUCUGCUUCGUUCGGCGUCGGCAGGACUGCUAUGAGCACGCCGUUGGAGAAGGGAUGCCUUAGUAGCGACUCCGGAGCGGACAGCGACUGCUCCGCGGACGAGUCUUCGAGCGAGUUCCACGGGAGCGCGAGGAACGUGGCCAACACGGCGCUCACGAACAGGACGAGUGGCGUUAGUCGCGGGACGGCGAGCCAGGCAUCGUCGGCGCGAUCGGCCGCCACGACCUCGGCGACGACGGCCACCACUACCAGCAAGAAGAAGAACUUUCGCAAGAAGAGGAACUCGCCUCGCAGAGCGGGCAGCGCGCUUCCGCCUUUGCCGUCUACUUCAAGCAGCGAGGAAAGUCAGCGCACGCCGAGGCGUAGACGCACGGGUUCGUCCCGUGCCGGCGCGAGCACUAGGUCGACGACCUACUCGGGUGCGCCGUCGACUCCUUCGAGAACGACGCGGCCGCCGUCGUCGGCCAGUCCUCUGUCGCCAGUCAGCGUGGCCCUCUCCAACAUCGCCGAGACCAUCGCUGAUUCCGACACGUCGCGGCCCACCACCGCCUUCGGACCGAAAGACGGAGCGUCGACCAAGACUUCCGGGUGGGCCGACAGCAGGGCGACUUCCACGACAGCCGGAGCCGGCUCGCCUUUGCCCUCGAGCAAGCGCAGGGACUUCUCGCGAGCCACGACACAGAGCUCGCUGCUGUCGAGGCCGCAGAGGGAUCUGACGUCGUCCGAGAUGUCGCCUUCGGAGUCGGAAACUCCCACGCCCACGGCACGCCGGCGAUUUUUGGCAGGCAACGAGAGCGAACCCAGUUCGGUGAAGUGCAAGAGGAGCAUCUUCGAGACCCUUUCUUCGGCGGGCUACACGCACAUCGACGACCACGCCAUUGGCUCGGCUGGUGGGCACUGCGAGAACCCGCCGAGCGGUGAAACCCGCGGACGCGGCCAGAAUGUGACUGCGGACGAAGGGAAAACGGGCAGGACCCAGGGGACGACGCCGACCGAUUCCCGUAGGGAUAAGGGCGCGAAGAACAAAAGCGCUUUCGUCGUUCAAAGGGCCGACUUGUACGCGCCGUUCCCACCGAAGAUUAUGAGGACUCUCCUGCCGUCGUUCAUAGACGUCGAUCCGUCCGUGAGACCUGACAAGGCCCCACGGUACGCGCCAUUCGACCCUGGCCAGCACGGAGACGAGAAAUCAAGCACUUCUCUCUUCAAGGAUCACUGGCAUCGCAAGGUUCAUAAGGCCCCGGCUUCGCCGCCGAAGUAUGCCAGGCCACCCCACUGGGAAGGCCUGCAGAGCUGCCUGUUGCCGUCCCUCUACAGCUUCACCGAUGACAGCCGAGUGGGCGACCAGGUCGACCGCAAGAUGACGCGCUUCGACCUGGGCGAAGUCAUAUGACCGAUUGUCUUAAUCUGCGGCGACGUUCUCUUGUAUGGCCAAAUAUUACGAUACGCAGAUUAAAGAAAGUGAAUCAACUUUUA